AUGUAUCUCUUCUUUGGUCGCGGCGAUGAGGUUGUGGUUUCGACAAGGGCGAAAAAAGCCAUAUCACGUGACAUCGCCGAAGAAGCCGAGAUGAUGAAACAGAACCUGGAAAACGGCAGAAGAAAAGAAGCAAAAAAGUCGAAAGGACGAGCAGAAGGAAAAGGGAGAGAGUAUUCAGCCUGA